AUGAGUAGCUCCCUAGAAGGGGCUGAUGGGGGAGGGGACCCCAGGCCAGGCGAAUCCUUUUGUCCUGGAGGGGCGCCUUCCCCUGGGCCUCCGCAGCACAGGUCUUGCCCUGGCCCCAGCUUGGCUGAUGACACCGAUGCCAACAGCAAUGGCUCAAGUGGCAAUGAGUCCAACGGGCAUGAGUCCAGGGGUGCAUCUCAGCGGAGCUCACAUAGCUCCUCCUCUGGCAACGGCAAGGACUCAGCCCUGCUGGAGACCACUGAGAGCAGCAAGAGCACAAACUCUCAGAGCCCGUCCCCACCCAGCAGUUCCGUUGCCUACAGCCUCCUAAGUGCCAGCUCAGAACAGGACAACCCAUCUACCAGUGGCUGCAGCAGCGAACAGUCAGCCCGCGCAAGGACCCAGAAGGAACUCAUGACAGCGCUGCGGGAGCUCAAGCUCCGGCUGCCGCCAGAGCGCCGGGGCAAGGGCCGCUCCGGGACGCUGGCCACACUGCAGUACGCACUGGCCUGUGUCAAGCAGGUGCAGGCCAACCAGGAGUACUACCAGCAGUGGAGCCUGGAGGAAGGUGAGGCGUGUGCCAUGGACAUGUCCACCUACACUCUGGAGGAGCUGGAGCACAUCACGUCCGAGUACACGCUUCGCAACCAGGAUACCUUCUCCGUGGCCGUCUCCUUCCUGACGGGCCGAAUCGUCUACGUUUCGGAGCAGGCAGGUGUCCUGCUGCACUGCAAGCAGGACGUGUUCCGGGGCGCCCGCUUCUCAGAGCUCCUGGCUCCCCAGGAUGUGGGCGUCUUCUAUGGUUCCACGGCCCCGUCUCGCCUGCCCGUCUGGGGCAUGGGGGCUUCGGCAGGUGCAGGCGUCAAGGACUUCACCCAGGAGAAGUCUGUCUUUUGCCGUAUCAGAGGAGGCCCCGACAGGGACCCAGGGCCGCGCUACCAGCCGUUCCGCCUGACCCCAUAUGUGACCAAAAUCCGGGUCUCAGAAGGGGCUCCCGCACAGCCAUGCUGCCUGCUCAUUGCAGAGCGAAUCCACUCGGGUUAUGAAGCUCCCCGGAUACCGCCGGACAAGAGGAUCUUCACCACACGGCACACGCCCAGCUGCCUCUUCCAGGAUGUGGAUGAAAGGGCUGCCCCACUGCUGGGCUACCUCCCCCAGGACCUCCUGGGGGCCCCAGUGCUCAUGUUCCUGCAUCCUGAGGACCGACCCCUCAUGCUGGCCAUCCACAAGAAGAUCCUGCAGCUGGCCGGCCAGCCCUUUGACCACUCUCCCAUUCGUUUCUGCGCACGUAACGGGGAGUACGUUACCAUGGACACCAGCUGGGCUGGCUUCGUGCACCCCUGGAGCCGCAAGGUGGCGUUUGUGCUGGGCCGCCACAAAGUCCGCACGGCGCCCCUGAAUGAGGACGUGUUCACUCCUCCAGCCCCCAGCCCUGCUCUUUCCCUGGACCCUGAGAUCCAGGAGCUGUCUGAGCAGAUCCACCGGCUGCUGUUACAGCCCGUGCACAGCCCCAGCCCCCCGGGGCUCUGUGGAGUCGGCCCGGUGACUUCCCCAGGCCCCCUCUUCAGCCCUGGCUCGUCCAGUGACAGCAAUGGGGGUGACGCCGAGGGGCCUGGGCCUCCUGCCCCGGUGACCUUCCAGCAGAUCUGUAAGGAUGUGCAUCUGGUGAAGCACCAGGGGCAGCAGCUCUUUAUCGAGUCCCGGGCUCGGCCUCUUCCCCGGCCCCGCUUCCCUGGUGAGUUGGCAGGGGUGUGGGUGCGGGUGCGGAGUGAGACUGCUGGUCUGACCUUCACCCCAACCAGAAGCUUUCUUCUCUCCUUUCUCCCUGGCUCAGCUAUAGACACAGUCAAGGCCAGGACCCUUUCCUGCCAGUCCCCAGACCCAGAGCUGGAGGCAGACCCUGCUCUAGUCCCAGCCCCGCCCGCUGUGGCCCCUGGGGAGGCUGAGCCGAAAGAAGCCUCCAGUUGCUCCUACCAGCAGAUCAACUGCCUGGACGGCAUCCUCAGGUACCUGGACAGCUGCAACAUCCCAGGCACCACCAAGCGCAAAUGUGCCUCCUCCUCCUCCUGCUCCGCCUCCUCGGCCUCUGAUGAUGACAAGCAGAGGACAGGUCCAGUCUCUGUGGGAACCAAGAAAGAUCAGUCGGCAGUGCUGUCGGGGGAGGGGGCCCCCCCUCGGAAGGAGCCGGUGGUGGGAGGCGCCCUGAGCCCGCUCGCCCUGGCCAAUAAGGCGGAGAGCGUGGUGUCCGUCACCAGUCAGUGUAGCUUCAGCUCCACCAUCGUCCAUGUGGGAGACAAGAAGCCCCCGGAGUCGGACAUCGUCAUGAUGGAGGACCUGCCUGGCUUGGCUCCAUGCCCAGCCCCCACCCCCACAGCAGCCCCUGACCCAGUCCCAGAUGCCUACCGCCCUGUGGGCCUGACCAAGGCCAUGCUGUCCCUGCACACACAGAAGGAGGAGCAGGCCUUCCUCAGCCGCUUCCGGGACCUCAGCCGGCUGCGUGGACUCAAUGGCUCCUCCAUGGCUCCCUCGGCCCCUGGAGAGCGAGGCUGCCACCAUGGCCGCACGCCCCCCAGCCGCCGAUACCACUGCCGGUCCAAAGCCAAGCGCUCACGUCACCACCAGACCCCUCGGGUGGAAGCCCCCUGCUAUGUCUCCCACCCCUCACCUGUCCCACCCUCUGCCCCUUGGCCCCCCCCACCAGCUGCUACUCCCUUCCCAGCUGUGGUACAGCCCUACCCCCUCCCAGUAUUCUCCCCCCGAGAGGGUCCCCAGCCUCUUUCCUCGGCCCCCACAUCUGUGUCCCCUGCAGCUUUUCCUGCCCCCCUGAUGACCCCAGUUGUAGCCUUGGUGCUACCUAACUAUCUGUUCCCUACCCCCUCCAGCUAUCCCUAUGGGGUCCCUCAGACUCCUGCCGAGGGUCCCCCUACCCCUGUGUCCCACUCCCCUUCUCCGUCCUUGCCCCCGCCAGCCCCCAGCCCUCCCCGCCGCCCAGACUCUCCACUCUUCAACUCACGGUGCAGCUCCCCACUCCAGCUAAACCUGCUGCAGCUGGAGGAGUCCCUCUGGGUGGAGGAGGGUGCUGCCGCAGGGGCCCCUGGGAGCAGUGCUGGGCCCCUGCCUCCCAGUGAGGAGACUGCCGAGCCAGAGGCCAGGCUGGUGGAGGUAACUGAGUCCUCCAAUCAGGACGCACUUUCGGGCUCCAGUGACCUCCUGGAAUUGUUGCUGCAAGAAGACUCUCGCUCGGGCACAGGCUCUGCUGCCUCAGGCUCCUUGGGCUCUGGCUUGGGCUCUGGGUCUGGUUCAGGCUCCCAUGAGGGGGGCAGCACCUCAGCCAGCAUCACACGAAGCAGUCAGAGUAGCCACACAAGCAAGUACUUCGGCAGCAUCGACUCUUCGGAAGCGGAGGCUGGGGCUGCCCAGGCCAAGGCUGAGCCGGGGGACCAGGUGAUUAAGUACGUGCUCCAGGAUCCCAUCUGGCUGCUCAUGGCCAACGCUGACCAGCGUGUCAUGAUGACCUACCAGGUGCCCUCCAGGGACAUGGCCUCCGUGCUGAGGCAGGACCGGCAGCGGCUCCGGGCCAUGCAGAAGCAGCAGCCUCGGUUCUCGGAGGACCAGCGGAGGGAGCUGGGUGCCGUGCACUCCUGGGUCCGGGAGGGCCAGCUGCCUCGGGUCCUUGAUGUGAUGGCCUGUGUGGACUGCGGAAGUAACACGCAAGACCUUGGCCACCCUGAAGACCCCCUCUUCUCAGGACUGGAUGGAUUGGGGCUGGAGCCCAUGGAAGAGGGUGGAGGCGAAGGUGGCAGAGGCAGUUGUGAGGAUGAGGGCGGAGAUGAGGCCCAGGCCCAAGCUGGGGCUGGGGUCUCAAGCUCUCAGGACCAGGCCAUGGAGGAGGAGGAACAAGGUGGGAGCUCGUCCAGCCCAGCCUUACCUGCCACAGAAAAUGGCGCCAGCUAAACUGCAUUUGGGGGCCACCUCCAGGAGUGCAUGAGAAGCUUCUUCCACAUCCAACUCUCAGAACUCAGAUGUGGCUGGACCAACCAGCAGCAAACUGGCCCAGCUUCUCCCGCUGUCGGGGGCUGGACCCCCAUCACAUCAGCCCAGGAUCCAGGGUGCCUCUGGCCUCUAGGGAACAAGGGGUGGAAUCUGCAGAGAAGCCGCAGCUGCCACCCCUGCUGAGUCCCUCCUCCCUGGACAGGGUUGCUGGCAGGCUGCUGCCGUGGCCUCUCCAUGUUCCAGCUGAGCCCUAAUCCUGGGAACCAAGGGUUGGGGCUGCACUUAUUUAUUGGGGGAGGAGUCCUCUCCUGCCUCUUCCCCCGAUGGGAGAGGAGGGCCCGAGGCUCCAGCAGGAGCCGGUGGUCCGAACCUCUAGCUGCUCCAGGUGGGGGAGGUUGGAGGACCAUGGGGUCCUUGGUGCUGCCCUCAGGUGGGACCCAGGCGUUCUCAGCUGUACCCUCUGCCUAUGACAUUUGUGUUUUUGAUAUUGUGUCUCUUAAUAUUUUUUAAUACAAAAACAAAAAAUAAAAAUAAAACACAGG